UCGAGCACCUCUCCUCACUCACUCGACAACAGAAAUUUAACAGCAGCAGGAGGUGGCGAUCUAAUGGCGAUGAACGCGAAGGAUGAACAGAUGCGCUGGAGAUGUUCGCUGAGGACAUCAAAUUAUCUUCUUUCCCUGCUUGUUAUUGUGCUGAUGUUCUCUGUUGCAGAGGCAUAUGAUCCGUUGGACCCGACUGGAAACAUAACCAUCAAAUGGGAUGUGAUCUCGUGGACAGCUGAUGGGUACGUGGCAGUGGUGACGAUGAACAACUUCCAGAUGUACCGGCACAUCAUGAGCCCCGGGUGGACGUUGGGUUGGACGUGGGCGAAGAAGGAGGUGAUUUGGUCGAUGGUGGGCGCUCAGGCGACAGAGCAAGGCGACUGCUCCAAGUUCAAAGGCGGCUCGCCGCACUGCUGCAAGAAGACGCCCACAAUACUCGACAUGCUCCCCGGCGUUCCUUACAACCAGCAGAUCGCCAACUGCUGCAAGGGCGGCGUGGUGGCGUCCUACGGCCAAGACCCGGCCGCCGCCGUGUCGUCCUUCCAGGUCAGCGUCGGGCUCUCCGGCACGUCCAACAAGACGGUGAAGCUGCCGCAGAACUUCACGUUGCUGGGACCCGGCCCCGGCUACACUUGCGGCCCUGCCAAGAUCGUUCCCCCCACCACCUUCUUCACGCCCGACCACCGGCGCAAGACUCAAGCUCUCAUGACCUGGAACGUGACAUGCACCUACUCGCAGUUCCUGGCCUCCAAGCAUCCCAGCUGCUGCGUCUCCUUCUCAUCCUUCUACAACGACACCAUCAUCCCCUGUUCCUCCUGCGCCUGCGGCUGCGAGACCAAGACAUGCAUCAAGAGUAACUCCAAUCAGCUAAACUCGCCGGGGAUCAACACCCCGAAGAAGGACAACUCGCCGCUGCUGCAGUGCACGCAUCACAUGUGUCCCAUCCGAAUCCACUGGCACGUCAAGCUCAACUACAAGGACUACUGGCGAGCCAAGAUCGCCAUCACCAACUUCAACUAUCGCUUGAACUAUACCCAGUGGACGCUCGUGGUCCAGCACCCCAACCUCGACAACAUCACCGAAGUCUUCAGCUUCGAUUAUAAGCCCCUCCUGCCCUACGGAAACAUCAACGACACAGGGAUGUUGUACGGAAUGAAGUUCUACAACGAUCUGCUGAUGCAGGCCGGUGCCUAUGGGAACGUCCAGUCUGAGCUGCUGCUGAGAAAGGAUGAGAGGACGUUCACCUUCAAGAACGGAUGGGCGUUCCCUAGGAAGGUAUACUUCAACGGCGACGAGUGCAAACUGCCGCCGCCGGAUGCUUACCCUCACCUGCCGAAUUCUUCCCCCGUGACCGCUCAACUUGCAGAUCUGCAGCACCAGCUUGCACCGGCAGUGCUUGCCUUGUUGCUAAUAUUCCUGUCAUGGUAGAAGUCGGAGAUCAUGAGAAAAAUUCUUUGGGCGGUAUAUUCAAUCUAAAUCAUGUGUUCGAUCGAUCAUCUCAAAUCUACUGUGAGCCUAGCUCUAUGUUAAAUGACAAAAAUUCUUGGGUUUUCUGGGCUCCAAGUUCAAA